ACCCGUGAUUCAAGAGGUCCCGGAAAGCUGUCUCAGGCUGUCUGUUAGUGCAACGUCGAUGGUCACGGACGUACUGGAGAAUGCACUGUAUCGUACUGUAUGAAAAAUGCGGGAUUCGAGAUCACCAUGGUCACCUUGGACAUAUACAAUGAUCCGAAGGCACGCCUUCCAUUGUCAAGCCCUAAUCCGCACACUGCGCCAAAUCAGCCGCGACCUUUGCACAGAGCUCUCUCUGCCUCCAACAAGCCAUCUUCAUCGCCUUCCGGAUCAACCAUCAAGCGAGCCACUGCCACUCGCGUAUUAAUCUCCCCACACGUAACGGGUAGCCCCCCUUCUGCAACCUCGAUGAUUAACCGAAUAAAAUUAAAUAGGUCAUGUUUGUCGGAAUCAUCCAAGUCGAUCAGUGACUCGAUUUUACGCUCUUUGCUGAUCUCUACCAACGCUACGCCGAGUGAGUACACAUCAAAGGCGCGGCAGUAUCGUCUUUCGGGCUUGAAUCUUUUUGAUGGGUGGUGGCUCAGGUCAAGUUCGAUGCGAUGUCGUUCGAGUGUUAUUCGUUCUGCGCGCACUGCACGCCUUGCUUGGUAUAGAUCUGGCUCGAAGCGGUCGUCAUCUUCCGAUUCAUCGCUGCGAAAUGAUACGAAGUCGACACCCUUCUUGGACUUCGGGUGUACGUGGUAGAGAAGAACAAGCGCGCCGGGCCCCGGUAAACCCGCCUGCUGUGACUUCUCUAUCUGUUGCAGGAGUCGUUUCGUUUCGCGUACCAGGGGAAACGGGAAGAGGCAAGGCUGCUCGCGGGAGGCGUACAGCGAUAGCAGGGGGGUUAUGGAGGAGGUAUGCUAUUGGGGGGAGGGGUGAGGUCGCCAUGAGCCGUCCAGAGGUUUAGUCCCCUCGAUCGGGGUCACCGUC